AUGGGUUGUGGUGCAUCUGUUGUCAAAGGAUCUACUAACCCUAAAAAACCUUCAACUGCUGCUGGUCAACAAUCAAAGAUUCAAACACAGACUGCUGAAGCUCCAACUCUCAUGGCUUCGUUACAAGGUUAUAUGCCGAAUGAUAAUAUUCAAGAUGAUGAAGCAGCAAAGGUGCUUCAUACCAUAACUCUAGAAAAUGGUUUGUUUCCGGUCAAAAUGCCGGAACCUAUUGAAAGCGAUAAUAUUGUUGAAUUUACAAUUAAAGGAAAUGAAGAAUAUGAUAUCUUUGAAGUAUAUAAAGAUGGUAAUGAUUAUUAUCGAGUAAUUAAUGGUUAUGAAUUACUUAAUAUACAAAGUCGUACACCAGAAAAUAAUAGACGUCUAUUACUUUCUUUUGCUCUUAAUCAACCUCAAAUUGAAUUAUAUUUUUGUAUUAUUCCAUCAUCACAACGUGAAACAUUAUCGCAAACACGUAAAUGUCCAAAAUCUAAUUGUGAAAAAAAUCGUCUUAUAGUUAAAAGAAUUGAAAUAAAAUUUACUUUAACUGAUGAACAAGAAAAUCAAAAAGUUUAUUUACAUAAAGGUGAUAUUAUUGAUAUGGAGUGGACAGCAACAGUUGGUUCUGGUUAUCGUAUUGAAGAAAAAAAAUAUUGUCCUGCAUCUGGUGGUCUUUAUACAGUUACUCAACCCUCUGAUAAUGUAUCUCAUCGAGUUUUAUCCAAAGGAAAAUUUUCUAAAACAUGUAAUGAUUUUGGUAUGUCAUUUUUAUUUCGUUUAACUGAUACAAAUCAGAUUCAUGAUAUAACUGUUUGUGUUGUCAAUGAAACAUAUAAGAUAAAACAUAUCGAAAUAACGGAUAAUAAAAUUCAACCAAAUAUUAUUUGGUUGACACAAAAUGAUUGGAUUAGAUUUGCAUGGAACGGAAAACAUAAACAAACUGUUGUACAAAUUGAACCAUUUACUGUUAGUGAAAAUAGACAACAGUCAAUUGAACUUAAAACAGAAGGUGAAAAUUUUUUCUGGCCCAAUGAACCAUCACGUAGUGGUUGUAUGUAUCAUCAGUUUAUUGAAGCAGGAAUAUAUUGUUUUAAAACUGGAGAUAAUCAAAUUGGUACGAUUAUUGUUGAACCACGUAAAAAUAUUCAUCGUAUACCACUGUUUAGUGAUCGAUUAACUUAUAAAAUGAAUACAAAUGAUUUAGUUCAGUUUGAUUGGAAAAUGAACGAUUCACAAGAAGAACCAAUAUUAAUUACUAUUGAGCCAUAUUCAUCUGUAGUACCAGAUGCUGCUGGUGGUCCUACUGGAAUAUUUGAUUGUGCUAUACAUAAAUGUACUAAAGUCGAAACAGUGUUUCGUCAUCAUUUUUAUACAUGUGAAGCAUAUCUUUUAAAUAUUCCUCAGCAUGGUCUCUAUAAUUUUGCUUAUUCGGACAAAAAAGAUAAUGCUCUUAUAAGUAUUAUUGUUGAAAAUAAUGUUGACAAUCAUCGUGUUAUUUAUAAUGAACAAAAUGUAUUCGACCAUAAUCCUUUAAUAAUAAAUCAUUUUGAUCGAGUAUGGUUUGAUUCAUCGUCAACAACUGUUGCUAAUAUUUAUCAAACAGAUGAAUUUGGUAAUCGAUUAGAAUCAGAAAAACCAAUAUUUCAACCUCAAAUAGAUAGUAUUAAUUAUUAUUUUAAAGAAUUUCAACAAUUAGGCGUUUAUUAUUUUUCAACGGAUAUAAAUAAUAAUGAUAAAAAUAAAAAGGAACAAAAUUCAGCUCUACCAUUAACUGUAAUUGUUAUACCAGAAAUACGUUUUCAUUAUAAAUCAAUAAGUAAAAAUAAUUUUAAUUUUGAACCAAUAAUAACAAAUUUCAAUGAUUUUGUUGUUUGGCAAUUCGAACAAGUUAUUUGUCAUAAUAUUAUACAAUUAAAUCCUGAUAUAACAUAUCAAGAAUUAGUAUCUUGUCAUGAACGAGCUGUUGCUGGACGUAAUCGACAAUGUCUUGCUGUUGAAUGUAUUGGUCAGGGAAUAUUUUAUUUUGCUAAUCCAGAAUUUGAACGAGUUAAUGGUUCAGAUGAGAGUCGUUUCCUAUCAACAGUCAUUAUUGAUCCACCAUUUUGCCAAAAUUGUUUUAUUACUACUAGCCAUCAAUUUGUUCCGAAUAAUUUAUAUAUUGCACAGAACGAUACUGUUUCAUGGACAUUAAAUAGUAAUGAACUAAAUCAUCAAAUUUAUGUACAAUCAAAUCAUGAUAACGAAGAAAUUGAUGAUAACAAUUUUGUUGAUAAAAAUAUUUCCGCAUGUAUACCUGGUGUUCAUCAUUUACAUACAUUUAAAGAACCUGGAGAAUAUAUUAUUCGAUCUAAUCGUUUUCAGCGUACAGCAACUGUAGUUGUUUAUGCGGAGAAUAUUAUUCGAAAUCAAAAGAAACAACUUCAAGAACCUCGAAUAGUUGAAGAUAUUGAUACUGCAAGCCAAUUUGGUACACAAAUUCAUUUAUUUUGUCCAGAUCGAAAUGCCGAUAUUUUUUAUACUCUUGAUGGUUCACCUCCAACAAGAUUUUUUGAUAAUGUUCUUAAAUAUGAUCCAAAUGAAGGUCUACUUUUACUUGAACAAGGAUUACAUAUUUUACGUGC